AUGGAAAAUCAGUACAACAAUGAAACAAACAGAGAUGAAGAAACAAGUCCUCCAGUCAGUCCAUUAUCACAGAGUUUUAAUAGCACAACCAUAUCCCUAAUCAUUUUUGUUGUAAUCGAACUAGAGACACCGGUUACUGAGUCCGAAGCACUAGAACUUUUGCGCAGCCAUUUAGUACCACAAAACAUUCGUUUUUCUUCAAUCAUGGAGCAAGACAAGGAAGGUGUUCUUAGAUGGAAAAAGGUUGAUGUUCAAAUGGAAGAUCAUUUGAUCGUUCCGAGAUUCCCUAUUGGUUUAACCAGAGAAAGUUAUGAUGAACACCUAAGAGAAUACUUAUCAAAAAUAGGUUGUGAGAAGUUUUCGGACUCAAAACCAUUAUGGGAAGUUCAUUUAGUUAACUACCCAAGUCUGAACGGUGCUUGUACUGGGAUCUUUAAAUUCAGUCACGCACUUGGUGACGGUUAUUCUUUUAUGAGAGUGUUCUUUAAUUGUUGUGUAAGAGCUGAUAAAUCUUCAUCUCCUCUAACUUUUCCGCGACUGUCGUUGAUGAAAACACAACAAUAUGAUGGUAAUCCAGUAAUAGGAUCUGGGAAGAAGUUGUUCGGGCUAAUACAAAAGUGCAUGAACACAUCUUAUGACAUCAUGGAGAGCUUGUUGAGGAGAGCAUGUUUUGAAGAUCAGCCGUCUGCAAUACGUUCAGCGACAUCGGAAAAUAUGAAGAUUGAGUUAUUCAAACCUUUUAACAUCCAUUCAGUGACAUUAUCACUUGAAAGAGUUAAGCAAGUUAAAACCAAGCUUGGAGCGACGGUAAACGAUGUAAUUGUUGGAUUACUAUCGUAUAUUAUUCACUUGUAUGGGGUGAGGAAGAUGAAGAUGGACAAUAUGGAUCAGUAUGGUGAAGAUGGCUCUACGAUGAACUCUAUUAAUGGUGGCACAAAAAAAAGCAUGACCAUGUGUGUCAUGCUUAACAUGAGAAUAUUUAAGGGCUUUACGAACAUUGAAGAUAUGAUAAGGGCAGACGCAUGGGGCAACCAUUCUAGACUCUUGUUCAUACCAUUGCCGAGUUAUACAAAUCUUGAGGAAGUUAACCCUCUUGAGUUUAUUAUCAAAGCGAAACAUCAUAUGGACAGAAAGAAGAACUCUAUGUAUUUUUAUCUUAUUGAUACACUUCUAAAGGCUGCCAUGUGGGCUAAGGGGCAAAAGGGGAUAGACGAAAUGUUGUAUUCAAGCUUUAGGAAUACAAGCACUAUGAUGACAAGUGUGAUAGGUCCGAAAGAGCAAAUGGCUAUCACAAAUCAUCCUGUUAGUAGUUUUUACUACUUCGUCUCGGGUAUACCUCAGAGCAUAACAUUCACAUCAGUGAGCUGCAUGGAACAAUUGAAGCUUGUGGUAACAAUGGAAAAAGGUUUUAUUGAUUCGAAACUUUUCGUUUCGUGUAUGGAUGAAGCCUUUGAAAACAUUUUUCAAGCAGCAUUCAGAAAUCAUCCAGGCGGGGACGACAACCAAAUCACCAACAAAUCCAGCUAA